ACAUUCUAUGAUUGGAGAGGAUCUGUGUCAAAAAGGAUCUCCCGUUUGACUCCUGAUUCCAGUUGGCCUAGUUUCUCUGGAUCAUCAUUAGCAUUUCAGGAUUAUUCUAGUAAAAACUUUAUGAAAAAAGAACAACAAUCUGUAAAACCAGAAUCAAAGCCAAAGCCCAGCCCCAAAUCCAUUCUUAGUAAAAGUGAUAAAAUUGACAAUAAAGUUAAAAGAAUUGGACCACACAUAGAGAUCUUCCAAGUGUUCCGGGGAAGAAAAAAAUUUGCAAUAACCAAAAACAUAAUUAAAAUGGUCACCGUCAUGCAGGCACUUGUCAGAGGGUGGCUCGAACGCAAAAGAUUCCAAAGAAUAAUGACAAAGGCUUUGUAUCAUGGACCAGACUUGAGGACAGUUAUAAAUAUGUACUGCAGACAAAUCCAUCGUGUUAAAUAUCGACUUGGUCUUUGGAGGACAAGACAAAUCAUAAACCUUACAGAGUUGGAGGAAUGGAUGGACAGAAAAAAAUUCUAUGAAACAAUGUUUGCUAAAAGAGAAGACUGGCAAGGGUUAGAAAGAAGUGAACUCCUGAAGUUCUUCAAUGACUGUGGUCAUUUCCCAACCCACCAGCAAACUGGUGAGGUUUGGGGUCUGGUCCAUAGAGAAGACCGUGAAAAAUACUCUAAUAUCAUCAAGAAGCACAAUGCAAUUGAAAUGUUAUUUACACUCUACCCUCCUCAAGGUGCCCAUGUGUCUACUAAUUUGAGGCUUAGGUCAACUUGGCUGAGACCCAUAGUAAAUGGGGAAGAAGGAUAUAAGUAUAUAG